GUCAGUCGAUCGGCAGUGAGCCUCCGCACAAGUCGAGUAGUUCGUGCUGGUUUGCACAACGCGCUGUUCAGAGAGCGAUCGAGCUAACGAGAGAAAGUCAGAGAGAGGCAGAGAGAGAGAGAGAGAGAGAGAGCGAGAGAGCAUAGGUCGUUUCAAGUGUUUAUGUAUACAUAAAGAACUAUUCAUUGGGACCGGUUGAAAGUGCACAACAGAUCCAAUGAGCAGUGAUAAAAAAGUGCGGCGUCGUGUUAUAACGCCGACAACAGACGCCAGCAAUGCGGAUCCGUUGCUGAGGCAGCCGCAGUUGCACCUGUACGAAGAUGAGCAGGCCAACUGCUGCGAACGAGUUUUCGUUAGUCGCGAGAAGAUCAAAUGGUAUUGGGCGCCCGCGUUUAUUGGCUUCUGGUUGCUCAUCUAUAGCGCCAUAUCCAUACCCGCUUCCAAUCACCUGCCACGGCCGCUUAGUAUAAAAGAUGAGGCCAAGUAUCCGGAACGCUUCAUCGCCGAGCGCGCGGAGCUGAAUCUGCAGCGUCUGGUGGCUCUGGGCCCACGUGUGGUGGGCAGUCGCGAGAAUGAAAUGGGUUCCAUUCAGGUGAUCACCUCCACCAUGCAGAAGGUGCGAGCUGAGCUGGGCGCUGUCCAUGAGAUUGAAAUGGAUGUACAGGUGGCCUCCGGCAGUUACAUACACUGGAGCGCAGUCAACAUGUACCAGAGCAUACAGAACUAUGUUGUAAAGAUCAGUCCCAAGGGCUCAAACAGCAGCACCUACUUGCUGGUCAAUAGCCACUUUGACACGGUGCCGGCGGGUCCAGGCGCUGGUGAUGACGGCUCCAUGGUGGCCGUCAUGAUGGAAACUCUGCGAGUGCUGGCCAAAUCAAAGUACGCGCUGAAGCAUCCGGUUGUCUUUCUGUUCAAUGGCGCAGAGGAGAAUCCACUGCAGGCCUCACACGCCUUCAUCACGCAGCACAAGUGGGCCAAGAACUGCAAAGCUCUGAUCAACUUGGACUCCGCUGGCAAUGGCGGUCGCGAGAUUCUCUUCCAGUCCGGUCCCAAUCAUCCGUGGCUUAUGAAGAGUUAUCGCCGCGCCAUCAAGCAUCCCUAUGCCUCGACCAUAGCUGAGGAGAUGUUCCAGCACAACUUCAUACCAUCCGACACGGACUUCCGCAUAUUCCGUGAUCAUGGCGCUGUGCCCGGUCUGGACAUGGCUUAUCAGUAUAAUGGUUAUGUCUAUCACACGCGCUACGAUCGCGCGGAAAUUUUUCCACGCGGCAGCUUCCAAAACACCGGCGACAAUCUCUUGGCUCUCAUCCGUGAGAUUUCGAGUGCGCCGGAGCUAGAGGAUACCUCGAAACACGCCGAGGGACACACCGUUUACUACGAUGUCAUGGGCUGGUUCUUGGUCUUUUAUACCGAAACGGAGGGCAUCAUUCUCAAUGUGGUUGUCUCCAUAGGCGCCAUUGUUGUCUGUGGACUCGCCAUCAAGCUGAUGGCCACCAACUCGGGCAUCAAGCUGCAGAAAAUACUCAAGCGUACGCUGCACACGUUUAUUUUGCUCAUCCUAGGCGUGGUAGCAGGCGCUACCCUGCCCAUUAUCAUUGCCGUAUUCAUGGAUAUAACGCACAUGCCGCUAUCCUGGUUCACACACAACUGGCUGAUGUUGGGCCUCUACUUUUGUCCGUUCUUCUUUGGCGUGGCCAUUGUGCCCGCACUCUAUUUCCACUAUACCGCGACUGAUCGAUUUCCGAUUGGACAACGUGUGCAGCUGCUGAUGCAUUGCCACUGCCUAUUCCUGGCGCUGCUCACCCUGGUGCUGACUAUCUGCAGCAUUCGUUCUGCAUUUGUGCUAAUGCUGACCUGCAUGUUCUACACGGUGGGCCUGGUCUUUAAUCUGGCCACCAAUCUGCACACACGCAAUGUUGUCUGGAUCAUACCGCACAUUGUGUGCUAUGUGCCUCCGUUUCUGUUCUUUGCCUAUUUCUCGCACAGCUUCCUGGUCACCUUCAUUCCCAUGUUCGGUCGCUUCGGCGACAAAGUUAAUCCGGAUCUGAUUUUGGCUGUCUUCAGCGUUGCAGUGGGCAUGCUUACUGGCGGCUUUAUCGUACCCAUGCUUCACAUGUUCCGCAAAUCGAAGACCAUCAUCUGCGCCCUGCUGGGCGUCACCUUGGUGUGCAUCAUCAUUGCUGUUACUCCACUGGGCUUCCCCUAUAGGCCAGAGACGAGUGUGCAACGUUUCGCCGUAUUGCACGCUAAGCGCACCUUCCACGAUGCCAACAACAAUGUUCGCCGCUCCGAAACUGGUUACUUCAUCAUGCCACAGGACAGACGCACCUAUUCCGUAAAAAAUAAGGUAAUUAACAUGACUCUGGCCAGAUCUGUAAAAGAGGAAUGUCUCAAGGAAACUUUGUGUGGUUUUCCACUAUACAACAUGCGCUGGCACAAUACCAGGGAGCGUGGCUUAUGGAUACCCGCAUCGGAGCCUGUGCUGGGUACGCUGCCUGCGGUUAAAGUCGUAUCCAAGAAGCAACUGACACCCAAUAAAAUCCGCUUUGAAAUGGAACUAAGUGGCCCCGAUCACAUGGGUAUCUUUGUGCAGCCAUUAAAUGGCGCCCGAGUUGUUGGCUGGUCCUUCCAUCAGGCGCCAUUACGCCUGAACUAUCAGCCGCCAUAUUAUAUCUACUUCUCCUACGGCGUCAACGGUGACCCGCUGAAGUUCUGGCUGGAGCUUGAGAAACCCAGCGGAGAUUGGAAUACUCCUACGCUGGAGUUGGGCCUACAUGGUCAUUGGAUUCACCACAAGGAGUUGCAUACCGAAGAUUUUAAGAAGUUCCUUAGCAGUUUUCCUAGCUAUGUGGACGCAACGCCCUGGCCGGCGUCCUAUGACACAUGGUUGUACUGAAAAUAUAUGAAAUUUAUUAGAAAUGACAAGUCUAGAUAAAGUCUAAAUAUAUACUGAAUAGUAUUUAAUAUAUUAAGUGUAUUCUAUGUACCGGAAGUUGAGGAGAAAAUAAAUAUCAAUGCAGGUUU